AUGUGCCUGGUUGGCGCGACCGAAUCCCACUAUGGGGCCACGACUUUUAUGAUCGUAGUGGAGAACGACCGCAUGUGCCGAGAGUCCGCGGUCUCCGUCGGCGAGGGUGGACGCGUCUCAGCGAAGGCGAUGCAGAGACCCGUCCCGGCAGCAGUUAUCCAACGGCGUACCAGGCAGAGCCUCGUCUCGGCGAUGCCGGCGCAGUGUUUCAUCCGACCAGCCAUCCAGCGGAGUCCGCGGUACGCUGUGCACUCGGCACAAGUGCACAGCGACCUCACCUGGUUUAGCCCGCCGGUCGAGACGGUUGCCCGGGGUGUGGCCGCUGAACAGAGCCCAGCUACGUGGAGCCACAGGUGAGAGUUGGGUGCCAACAAAUGGACUCUAGGUGUAGUCUCACCUGCAAGCAAGUGAACGACCACUACGACCAUCGCGUGAACCCACCGCUGGACACCCCUACACCCCGGCAACUACCCUAUACACACCGCGCGUACACCCUAACGACAAGGUUGGCUGUCUCUAUAGAAAAGGGUUGGUCCACAAAAUCCCAUGUUCCGGUUAUGAUUCCGUCUAUUAUGGCCAAAUGUGGGAAAUCUGUCUCGACCCGUGUACAUGAUUAUCAGUUAGCGGUGAAGAGACGCUACCAUCUUUCUUAACUGGCCAUGCACACAGUAGACACUGGACACAAAUUUACGUCGGAAAACACUCGCAUCGUUUGCGCCUGCCCAAUAUGGAAGGGCUGCGAAUUUCAGGAAGCAGGGCGCUCCGAUGGGGCAUACAUUAAUCACCAUAUCGAUCCAGAUGCCACUUACAAAACCGUUAAUGACAAAUUCAAACUGCCGCAACCAAUCCCGAAGAGGUGACAAAGUGCAAUUAACACGUAUUGGCACAGACGUUGACCGAUUAUAGAAUUCUUUGCUAGACAAAGUCAAACAAUGAAUUGUUUUUGUACACCCAUAAUCUGACGACCGGUGGGAGGACUAGCCUCGAAACUUUUUGCAAUAGAUUUUUACUUUCCAAAGAAUGUCAUGUUCCUAAAUAUAUGCAUAUGCACUGAUAUUAAUUAGGCUGUAAUUAAACUGUCUUCCUUUCUGUACGUAAAAAUGACCUUACUCUGGCCCUAGAAGUCAAUGUGAAGAGUGGCUUUUCAAUGUCGUCUAACGUGUGUGUGCAAAUAGCAGAUCCUAAAUUGCAGGUUAGAGAAUAGUUGUAGUAUUUCUGAGUCCGGUACUAUAUCAGCUAGUCAUCUUGACUCCUCAGAAUUGUUUGUCUUCAUAUUUUAUCAAGUUUUAAAUAUCACACACAGAUUACUUGUUCACACACCCUUAGUAUUUUACUAUCAACGUUUUGGCCAAUUUUGCGUGGACAUGAGGUUGCCGAAAACUUUUAAUGUCCAGCAUUAGUUAAAAUGAGUCCUAUUGAUGAUAGCAAGCGUGCAUUGCGUGUACUUUUUCUAACGCACUAAUCGCUUUUCUGCUCAGCAGCAGUACCAAGCUGUCAUGGGUGAACUUUUCUCAUCUUAAUCCACUCGUUAACGUGAAGCUAGAACAAAAGGGUACUGGUCUCUUUCAAGGGCAUGGUCGCUGGGUACCGCAGGGAACUGAAGUAGGAAGCAGUGGCCCAGCACGCUUGUUGUGAGUAAAAUUAAGCUAAGAAUAUGCAAAUUUGGCUUCUUUACAAAGGGUAUGAUUCGCUUCCUGGUGCGGGCGAAUUCAGUGCUUUUUCGUCAAAGUUAGUCUUAGAAAUAUACUGUGUGCCAUGACGUCCGCUUGUCCUCGCUUUUGCGCCCAUUGCUCCCUUAGUGGAAGACAACGUCUCUGUUAAUGUGAGAUAUAUCUCCGAAUAAUUAUAAAACGUCACAAGCCCCACAGCUAGUUCGGGUGAUGACCAGAAUUCAUUAAUUGACGGUUUAAGAAAGAAAUGGCCCAUGGUUGCGACUCUUUUAUUGCUUUAGUGAAAGGACGAUGUACUUCACGAAGUACCGGUAGGCAAAGAACUUGCUUGUGUUUUUACUUUUUCUAAUGAAAUAGAAAUUUAAUUUAUAGCUACAUACGUGGUUUAGAAAAGUUUGAGAUACUCGUGUGCAUUAUUCAUCUAGCUAGGCGGAUUCUGAUAUUUAUCAUUUUCAAGUAAAUGCGUUCACGUUUGUUGUUAGCAACUAGUUGGCAAAUAACGAAAAACAAUGGAAAUUGAGGAAGACUUAGUCUUGUUUCCCUUUAAUGAAAUAGCCGAACUAUGCUCAAAAAUUUGCGUAUCAUUACUCGAGAUGUUAAAAUAGCAUUGCAAAUUUAAAAGCAAGGCUUCUCAUAAUGGCGUAUCGGUUUUAAAUUUUGGACCCUCUUAGGGGGCAUGUGUCGACCCCACUAGCCAGACAGUUACAACGGACGUAUCAUGUACUAUCUAGAGUUUUUCGGUGGUCGCGCAUUCUUCAGCAUUAAAAGUCGUGAUAAGAAACUGCGCUGUUGAGGAAAAUCAUAAACUAGGAGCCUCUUAGAGAUAUUCGUUGGAAUAUACGUGCGUUUAAGCUGAUAUGCUUUAGAAACGAGCCUACGCGUUUCAACAAAUUCAUGUAUCUCAUGGAUGUAGUGAUUACACUUCACAGAAAAAUGACGGAAGACUUUUAAUUGUCUUUUUAAUACGUUGAGUGCUCAAAAUUUAGGAAAAUAUAACAAUCUAUAAGAAUAAAUGCACUUUUUAAUUUAACAGUCAGUUUGGCAAACACGUGUUUUUGGUAACUCUGCAUCAGGCCAAAACGGUUACAUAGAAGUUUAAGUUAUGCUGAGUUACAUGGCUUAUAAGUGAUUCAGGGACAAUUAACAUCCAUCGUUCCCACACCACUCGCUUAACGAGGCGUGCUCUGGAGUGGUCGGCGUGCCGUGGUCAUUGGGUCAAGGGGACGAGGGAGAGGGGGGACGUAGGCUGUGAGCACGUCGGGUACGUUGUUCACACACCCUGCCAUAAGGAGGUUGGGGAGACGUUGGGGUCGGCGUUGGCCACAGAAGACAGAUCGCCUGUGUCAGAGUCUUCUGACAGCCUAGAACUGGAUCUUUUAUAAGUCAUGUAACUUCGCAUAACUUAAACUUCUAUGUAACCUUUUUAAUUAUUGAUUUUUCAGUUUUAAGCGUGCUUGAGUUCUUCGCCUUUGAGACUUUUUUUAUCGGCAAGCAACCACAAGAAACGAUACCUUCAGGAUAAAAUGAGCGUCGAAGACCACUUAAGCACAUGCAUCCUACUCAAUUGACCGUUUCUUCCCCUUAGAGAUUAAUAGAUGUCGCUAGUAUGUCCAGUAGGAGUGUCCAGUUGUGAGUCCGCGUGACGGUCGUUGUAGGUCGCUCACUUGCUUGCAGGUGUUGACUACGCCCAGCGUCCAUGAACUGGCACCCAUCUCUCACCUGUGGCUUCCCGAAGCUAAGCUCUACCUAGCAGCCACACCCCGGUAACCGCCUUGACCGGCGGGCUAAACCAGGUGAGGGUAUCCGCGUGUGCAUCUCCGCACACGGUAACUCGACCCGCUGGCCGGAUGGAUCACCGCCUCGGUAUCCCUGGGACGAAACUCCAUCUGCAACGCCGUGGGAGGCCACUAAAUAAGUGUGCCCCAGGUAAGCAAACGCUGCUCUGCCAUCUUUGUUUUUGCUUGUUCUUGCCUGCUUGCUCUUUGUCUGCUUGUUUGUGUCCGUCCUUAUUGUAAGCUAAAUGCCAUUCUGUUGAAUUUCUCUGCUCGCGACGGGACGCGGGCGUCGCCUUUGACAACCGAAAUGACAUCGUAGGACGACUACCCCGUCUGCAGCAGGAUAUAAACGAUCGCCUGAUGAGUCUCCGAUUGCCUUUCCAGGGAGGCAAAUUCGUCACCAUCGGCAGUGCCUACGCCCCUGGCGACUGUGUUGAAGGCGGAUAAGUUGAUUGUCCUUGGUGACUUCAAAGCCCGCGUCGGCACCGAUUAUGCUGCCUGGAGAGGAGUGCUAGGUACCCGUAACCUGGACGGCUUCAAUGACAAUGACCUGCUCUUCCUACGAACCUGCACAGAAUACCGGCUCAUCCUGGUCAACACCUAA